AUGGCCAAGCAGAAUUGUCCUCGAGUUUUUGCCGAGCAGCAGCCUCCUCAGCAGCAGGCGGUCUUCAAACACUGGUACCCAAAUGGCCUACCUCGCAUGUACAUAAUGUGCCCGGAAAGAGAUCAGUCGGAUGUUCCCCAGUCAUACGUCGAAAACAACCUUCCUGUCGGUUUUUACAUCAACCCCCCCACGACAGCGGAGGCCACAUUCUCGACCCGGAAUGGCAAGGAUCGGUUCAAGCACAUGCAUCAUGUCCUGCCUCAUCGCCAUCUUCAUCUAUGGUCCCGUGAUGAGAUACAGGCGGUCUGCAACUCCGUCCGAAAAGUCCACUGGGCUUCGAUGAAGCGUAUGCAAAGGCCCGAGUCCUGGGAUGAUCUUUGGAAGUAUUUUGACGCGCACGACCUCUACCACGCUGGAGCGAUCAAUCUGUGGAAUGUCCUGAAUACCCUCAUCGAUGAGAACGAGAUCAUCUUCAAAGAUUUGCGGGUUCAGACCGCGGUGAUCAUAGGUCACUGGUUGGAUGCCUGGCUUGCGGAAGACAACCAGUCCAAGUUGAUCGCUUGGACUGAGGGCCAAGGUCCAAUUUUGGAUAUUCUCAGCGAUAGAGAUCGAGCUUCGAUUGGAGAUAUCGAAGAUGAGGUGGUACCGUUACUUGAGAAUGCUCUAUUCUAUCGUCGAGACUUGCUCUUGGGAUCUCCACCACCGAUACCAUCAGACUUGGUAACCGCCUGUUCAACGAAUUCGCUUCAAAACUGGCUGGGUGCGUGA